UUUAUUACAGCCGCGCCACCUCCGCCCGGCGCUGCCGGACUUUAGCCCUUAAUCAACGGCAAAAGUGGCAGCAGCCGCCUCCCCUCCAGCCGGGAAACCCAAACCCAGCGGAUUUCCCCCAAAAUCAUGGCAAAGUUUCUGUCCCAGGAUCAGAUCAAUGAGUUCAAGGAAUGCUUCUCCCUGUAUGACAAGAAACAAAAAGGCAAGAUCAGAGCCUCGGACCUGCUGGCUGUGAUGAGGUGCCUGGGAGCCAGCCCCACACCAGGAGAGGUGCAGAGACACCUGCAGCUGCACAAGAUCGACAGGAACGCUGAGCUGGACUUCUCCACCUUCCUGAACAUCAUGUACCGGCAGAUGAAGCAGGAGGAGCCCGAGAAGGAGAUCCUGCGAGCCCUGGCCAUGAUUGACCGGCAGAAAAGGGGCGUCAUCGCCGUCCCCGAGCUCCGGGCCAAGCUCACCCGGCUGGGCGAGAAGCUCUCUGAGGAGGAAGUCGAUGAUCUCCUGAAAGAAGCCAAGGUUGGUCCAAACGGAACCAUCAAAUACGAGGAAUUCGUGCGUCUCAUCUGCCUCCCCACGGUCGACUACUGAAACCCAGAGUGGGAUUUGUGAAGAGCGGAACCUGGAAGGUUUUCCUUCUCCUUUUCCCAGUUUUUAGCUGGACUCAAGAGCCAUCUUUUGCCUUUCCAAAGCCUGGUUUUGCCUUCAUUUAGCGCUGAUGGGGAAGCUUCCUUGGGCUUCCCCCCGAUUCCUGGGGAAACAAAAAGUGAGUUUGUUUGAAAUAAACCAAAUGUAGCAA